AUGAUGGGGAUAGGUACGCGCCAGCAUCCAACUAUCCGGGAAGUCCUAUUAGUCCAUUUAGUCCGGCCGCGAGGGCAGAACCAAGGCGGCAUUCAAGUAAUGCUAGCGUCGCAAGUUUCAGUAACAGGAGUCCUAGCAGCUAUCAGAAUAAACCAUACAUUUCUUCGAGGUGGGGGAAUCCUAAUGCUAGAUUAUAUGACAACCGACCAGAAAGGACAAAGACUGCUGUAA